GCAAAAGAGAAAAGGGGAUGGACUCUGAAUAGUGCUGGUUACCUACUUGGGCCACGUCGUAUUGAUCAGCUUUUACUGAUAAAGGAAAUGCCCAUUGCAAGGGGGAGAGAAGAGGCACCAGGGGCAUAUGCAGUAGAUAAUCACAGAUCUUUUAAUGACAAAAAUGGUUUCACUGGCAAACGUGAAAUACAGCCCGACGAGGAUAUUAAAGCAGGGAAUCUUGGAAGACCGCUGGCUGAUGAAAACAUUGUGCGCACAGUAAUCGAGUUUUUGACUUACUUGCAUCUUAAAGAGAUGGGAGCACUUGACAAACUGCCUUCACCAGAGGAAACAGAUCAGUCUUGAAGAAGAAUGAAUGUUCAUUUUGUUGUUGUGUUCAGUUAGAUUGAACUCCAAACAAAAGAUCCAAAUGAGCUGAAG